GCACACAAAAAUCCUUACAAAAAGUGUUGCAAAUUCAGGGACAGGGAAACAUGCCAAGUGUGUGUGUGUGUGUGUGUGUGUGUGAGAGAGAGAUGCAGCGACCUCCUGUGGAUGAAACCGGAACCAUCCAGGCUUCACCCCAUUCUACAAUUUAACAACCGCGUCCUGCGUUGCUAACGACAACGGACUCCAAACAAACGGGGAAAGGAAAAAGCCCACAGCAAAACCCUCUGAGCGGACAGGCCCGUGUGCUCGAGCCAGUCGGAGAGAUUCAAGCCUACGCGAAAGUGACCCGAAGUGUCCGUCGCGUCCCGGGUGACAUGAGCUCCCCUUUGUCGAUGCUGAAGAAAACGAGGCGCACUCCACUGCAGGGCCCUCUGAACGCGCCACGGGGCAGACGAGAAGUGCCUUCCAGGAGGAAUCUGUUUAAAGAAUUUCAGGCAGCAUUGGUCGACGGUGAUGCUGAUGAUGACUCAUCUGAUCCACAUCCUCCCCAGCGCUCCCCCACCCCAGCCAGCGAUGCCUCCACGUCAAAGUCGAAAGCCCCGUUCAAGAAAGGUGCUCCACCGAGCGACUUUGAGCUCAUGUCUGCCAUGAUGCAGCGGGUGACCGGGCUGGAGAAAAAAGUGAGGAGCCAAGCGUGGGAGAUCGGGUGCAAGAAUAAACAGAUCUCCGUUUUGGAGGAGAAGCUGAGGGUUCAGAGAGAACCAGAGGGUGCCCACGAUCUGAGCGGCAGAGGUGAUCUUGAAAGAAGGUGCCAACAGCUGCAGAAUCAAGUGCGUGAAAUGGAGAGCUUUCUAAAUGACUAUGGUUUGAUCUGGGUGGGAGAUGGUGAAACCGGUGACUCAGCUGAGUGUGAGCAGACACACAGCACAGGCGCCUCCGGGGUCAGGGAUUUCCGCAUGAACUUUGACCUGGUGCUGCGGAGGAUCAAGGAGCUGAACAUCCUGGCAGGGGAGGGAGAGUCUUUUGUACAGCUGACAGCCACGGGGGCACAGCUGGCACAAGCAGACCCUAUUCAACUGAGGCUCUACAGCAACGGCAUUGUCAUGUUUGAUGGUCCUUUCCGCUCUUAUCGGGAGCACAGCACCCAGCAGUGCAUGCAAGAUCUGAUGGAGGGGUAUUUUCCGUCCGAGCUUCAGGAAAGAUUUCCAGAUGGUGUUCCUUUUGAGGUUCAUGACAGGCGAGAUGAGGAAUUUGUCUUCAGGCUAAACAAAUUUCCUGGUGAUGGACGGGCUGUUUGUGGGGAGAAAUAUGAGUCAUCAAACGUUGCCAGCGCUCAAAUACCAGGCAAGAAACUGACCACGGAUCAGUUCCUGAACAGGCUGCCCAGGCUGGUGGUUAAAGCCGGUCGAGUGAUUGAUAUCAGGGAAUCACUGAGAACAACCCUGCAGGGUUCAUUUGAUGCCCAAAGCAGCGACCCAUUGAUCCCCAUAGACACAGCAGCAGUGCAGGCGAUGAAAGAGAAGCGGCAGACGUUCAGCUCUGACCGGCCAUCGUCAGCCUAUGAUGUCGUCACGCUCAAGGUGAAGUCCGAGGACGGGAGUCAUACUUACAUCCUAAAAAUGUCCUUCUCAGAAACAAUCGGCCACCUGCGACAGUAUCUGGACAAACACAGAGGCGGUGGUCUCCCUGGUUAUGACAUCAUCAGCGCGUACCCGCAGUGCUGCUACGAUGAAGACGGCAGGACGCUCCAAUCGUGUGGACUCAUGACUAAUGCGACUCUGCUGCUGCGAAAGAGACAACACCCUCAUUCAUUGACUGGAGUCAAUCAAAUAAACCUAUAAAAAGUUAUGUAUGACUUGUAAAAGAACAAAAAAAAAAAGUCUUACAAGAGACAUGUGUAAUGUGUAUCUGCUGAUCUGCUGAUACCAAGUAACUGUGCUCUUUUUUCCAAAAGUAAAAUCUGUAAAUCUCACUGUGAAAGUCAUUGGGAUCAUUUUUAUGUAAAAGGAGGACAGGCAUUGCUGUGCCACUAAAAACGGAGCUGGCUGUCCACUGAAACAUUCAAUUUUAUGACACUGGCAAAAGAAACAGUAUUCCAUGGCGACCGGUCAAGUCAAGGUCGAUACCUGAUCCGCUUAAUAGUACCACGGCCCAUAUGGAUCCAGUGUAUUGAAUCAAUGCAUCCAUAGCUAUAGAAAGCUGGUACUCGUGGUUUUCUGCACAGAGGGGAUGAAAAUACUGCAGUUAAAAAUCAUUGAAAAUGAAAUCCAAUGAAAUUCGAAACAAAUUAAAAACAAAACAAAAUGUUGAAAAUCUUUAUUU